GGAGAAGGGCUGUGGCUGGAGGGGUAUAGUAGGUGGCAUUCCUGGUAUAGGCAAGCAGGGCUGGAAGCAACCGUGGUCUAUGGGAGUCCUUGAGAUUUGCCACAGUCAUUGGGAAAGGACAGAAAACAUCUCACCUCUGGAUUUAAGUAUUAGUUAAAUGAUUGCAGCUGAGUCUGAUCUGAGCCAGGAGCAGCACUUGUUAAAGACUGCCUGCUUCCUGGGACCAAUGUCAAUGUCCCUUGGCCUUGAGACUGCCACCUCUCUGUUUAGGCUAACUCAGCUCUAGACCAGUGCUCCCAUGGAGGGAGACUAGGAAGGUUUACUCUGGGUCUGCAACAUCAUGUGAUGGCACUGCUCUGCUCCAGUCUCCGAGAGGCUCCCAAGCCUAGGCAGUUCUGCAGCAUGACUGAGUGGCAACCUCCUAGGAACAGAGAUUUUCUUCAGGGCCUUUCUCACUGGCACACUGCCCUAGGUCUUCUACACAUGACCAGUGUGGCCUCAGUGUAGUAAGCUAGAAUGGGAGCAUGGGCUAGCAAAGGGCAUUUGGGCUGCACUCUGGAGGUCCAUGUUCUGUGGUCCCACAGUAGGAGGACUACACAUGAGCCUUGAGAGAUGCUGUUGUUUCCUGGGUCUCAAGCCUGAGGUACAAGUAGAGCCAUGAGCACACAGACUGUUUUUGACAGUUGGACAUUCAGCCAUCUUUUCAGAGGAAAGGAAGAGAACCCGGUGCCUUCACUGUCGAAAGACCUUUUAUCUUUAAUUGGUGGCGUUAACACCAUAAAUCUAAACCAUUUACCAGUUAUAUUAUAUAACAUUUGGUACAUUUGUGUUAUUACGCAGUCACUACCCCAUUAAGUUUCAGGACAUUUCCAUCACCCUAUAAAGGAACUCCAUGCUCACUGAGGUCACCAGCUCAUUCUCUGGAUUUGCCAGUUCUGGGUAUUCCACAGUAGUAGGAUCUUAUAUUUGCCUCUCACUGUUUUAUCUUGGAGUCCAACCUUACUUAGGUGACCUCUCCUCACCAGAUACUGCAGCUUAGCCACUGUUCAAUACUGGGUACUGGGGAGGCCCUGGAAGCCAGACAUUUCUGGCCAAACCAGAAACUCAUAACAGCUGACUAGGUAGGGUACAGGGUGAAUCUUCACCCUCGCUGACUGGAUGUCACCCAUAGGCUUGCCCUGUACCUGCUUCUCACUCCUGGGAAACCAUCAACAUCUCAGGAAAGGAAAGGUGAGAUCAAGGUGUAAGACAGAAAGAUAGUUGAAACCCACUUUGCAUCUCUUUUAGAUUGGAAUUUGUGUGUUUGUGUGUGUGUGUGUGUGUAUUUGAUUCAUAUAUAUUCAUGAAAUCUCACAGGUCAAAUGGAAGGUGUGUGUGCAGAUGAGAGUUAUACAGAUGAAGGUGUGUGCAGGUGAAGGUAUGUAUAUGUAUGUGUACAUGCAGGUAGGGAUAAGUAUUGGAAGUUUUACCAAGACUAAUUUCCAGCCCUGCAGAGAGGUUGUGAAUACAUCCUGAGAGCCACACAAUAAUGUGAGGGGAGAUGCAUUCUGGGAGGCUUACUGUCAACCUUGAGAAUCCAGCAGCCCCCAGCCCCAGACUGACCAAAGCAGAGAUUCUGAAUCCCAAGAGUUACAGUUGGUGCCACACCAUACCAGACUGGUUCUUAACCUACUCUGCCCAGUGUCUUCAGUACGUUACAGUCUCUUAAUAAUGUGCUUCCCAUACACUUUGGACAGUGGCUUCAGGUUAGACUGUAGACCCUGGGUACCUGGCAGCAGAGCCAGAUACAGCAGCCUUCAGCCACCAACAACAUCCUGCCUGCAAGUGGCUUUCUGGUGGUGAUGCAUGCUACCUUAGAGGUGGCUGUGGAUGGAAAGGGAUGUAUCCCGUCGAUCCCAUCUCAGUCUCAGGGGUGCAUCAGCAGGGAGCAUCCACAUCAUUUUAGGAGUCCACAAAUAGAAACUGGACCUUUCUUAAGCUAAAAUUUGAGACACUGAGGGAAAAGACUUAAGAAGUAUUGUGUUUGGAAAUUUUCAGAAGAGCAUGGGGCUUCAACUCACCACUCAGAAUCCAUAGUCUAAGAAACAUCACUGGGCCAUCCAGACCUAUGGCCACCAGAGAGGAGUAGGCUGCAAGCAUAAGUGGUCAGGCUCAGAGUUUUGUGUUUCUCCAUGAAACGUGUGCCCCUCGGCUUCUACAGCAGAAAAUGAUGGGGAUCAAGUGUGAAGAAGUUGGAGUUGGAAGUGCAUAUCAGAGAGGCCCCCCCACAAGCUGAUGGCCUUCGUUAAGAGAUUACAAUAGUUUUCUAGUCAAAAAUUAGAACCAAGUAAAACCAAUUCAGGUGUAGGUGGUGAAGCUGGGCUCUGUCUUCAGAGUCCCAUCUACCACGCUACCCAUUUUUCUCCCACCUCUGUUCUGUCCCCCAGCCAGCAUCAGGUAGUCUCCUUGGUUGCAGGGGCUGUGGCUUUAUGAGCUGUGGAACCUUCCUUUGUGAGGUGUUCCGUAUCUGCUUUGUAUGUGGGAAGGUCCCGCCACUGUUUAAUGAGUCGACACUGAGCAGGAAGUGUCUGAUCUUUGCUGCUCAACAUGCUGAGAGAGAUGAACGUCUGUGGCAUGAACCGGAACCGGGUCCUCCCAGAAACCCAGGCCAACAAUAUGAAGAAGAUACUACCACGCCCUUUGUCCAGGGUGAAUGGCUGGUCACCACCCCUCCACUCCUUCCAGGCAAUAACCUGGACCACCUAUCUGGCCAUGUCCAUUGUCACCUUUGGGAUCUUCAUACCCUUUCUACAAACUAGCUGGAAAUAUGCUGCCUAUGUUGUGAUGGGUGUGUUGUCCGUGUUCCACCUCGUCGUGCACUUGAUUGCAACUACCAUCGAUCCCGCUGACACCAGUGUCCGACUCAAAAAGGACUACUCGGAGCCUGUGCCGACUUUCGACCGGUCCAAACACGCACAUGUGAUCCAGAACCAGUACUGCCACCUGUGUGAGGUUACUGUGAGCAAGAAAGCCAAACAUUGCAGCUCCUGCAACAAAUGUGUCUCUGGCUUUGACCACCACUGCAAAUGGCUGAACAACUGCGUGGGCAGCAGAAACUACCGGUUCUUCUUCUGCUCUGUGGCCUCAGCUGUAGUUGCCCUGCUUGGCGUGAUGGUUAUCUUGUUGUACAUCUUCAUCCAGUACUUUGUCAACCCCAAUGAGCUUCGCACAGACCCCCGGUAUAAAGAGGUCAGCUCUGAGAACAUAUGGCUGCUGUUCCUCCCACUGUGGCCUGUGCCUGUGAAGAUCCCCCUGGUCCUUUUCAUCGCAGUGGUGGUACUGCUGCUAGCCAUUGCCAGCUUUGUGCUGCUCGGGCACCUGCUCCUCUUCCACGUCUACCUGAUUGCCAAGAACCUGAGCACAUUUGACUACAUGGUGCAGACCCGAUUCCAGAGGAAUUCACGUUCAGCAGAAAAGAAAGAGCCAUCUCUGCGGAAAAAGGGGAACCUUUCCCAGGAAAAGAGUAACAACUUGAGCUGGUCUCAGGCCUCACCGAGAGUGGAGCCCCAGAAGUUCCUGCUGUCUACUCUUUCCCAGCAGUCAAGUAUGUGUUUUAAGGCUCCAGCUCCAAAAACAACUCCACAGUAAAGGGCUAGUGACAAGUAUGAGCCUCUCUCAGGAUGGCAGUGUCAGGCCGUCAGCCCGAGAUCAUGAGGAGACGCCUCUGCUCUGUGGUACAUGAUGCUGCUGAGCCGUGCUCCUCAGUAGAGUAUAUGUAUUAUGUGUAUUUUGGACUUAAGAUAUCUUCAAUUUAUGAUGAGUUCCUCAGAAUGCAAACCCCAUUGUCAUUCAAGAAUCAUCUAUAUAGAAGAAUGUUAGCAAUGAUAGAAGCUAGGUGUUAAGUACAUAUGAAUUUUCACUUUCAAAUUUUCUAGAUGUUUGAAAAUUUUCACAAUAAAAUGUUGAGAUAUGAAUUGGUAAAAAUAAACAUGGCAAAAGUUCA